AUGGCAACACCCAUAGGAUGUCAAGACUCCUGCAUCAUUGUCCAUGGUUCUGUUGGUGAUCCCACUGACGCUAGCCGGUUCGUCCAAGUGGGUGGUGGAACGGAUGGUGGUGAGCAUGACUUACAUGGUGGAGACAUAGGGAGACAAGAUGUUGGAUCUUCUAGUAAGGGCAUGCAGAGGCUUUGGUCAGAAGCGGUGAGCGAUCCAGGUGAGGGCACCGGGGAGAUGGUGCGGCUAGGACGGUCAGAGGAGUCACAGUCCGUUGCACUGGACCGGUGCCAGAUGGUGGAGCUCUUGCUCGACGCGCGGGCCGAUGUGGGUCAGCGCCGGAAUGAUGCCGAGGCGCCCUUAGAGUUAGCCGCUCGAGGAAGCUUCUAUACUGAUGUGAGAGACUCAUUCUCCUUGGUGGAGGCAUGGCUGGCGGAGCAGCUGUCAGCCUGCAAGCUGUUCUCCUUCAAUGGGGCGCGUGCCCUUUGCUGCCAGGCGCUCCGGGGCCAUUCCCACGCACCAGCAGAAGCCUUGCAGCCGCCGUCCUUUGGUGAUCCCGGAGUCUUGGGAGUGCGCCAGGUCUUGGGAGUGUGCCGGCUGCAGCGGGAGGCCGUUCUUCCACCAGUGCGACCCGCCAUCUCGGUGGCCGGAUUCAUGGUGCUGGGGCUGGCGGCAGGGGCCUUAUGGAGGCGGAGAAAGGUGAGUUCCAGGCAGUUCUUGGAGCGCCUCAAGCUUCCGUUGCAACCGAGCUUGCAGCAAGUCAUCGGCGUCUUGCAGCGCGUGGACCCGGCGCUGGGGAAUCUCGCGGAGACGGUGUCCCAGGUUUGGGGCCUCUUGCAAAGCGAGCUGGCCGAGCAGCUCACGGAGGACGCGUCCGGCGCGAGAUCCGGACGACUUCUUCUUCAUUUGUUCGCCCUGGGGCGUUUGAAGAGCCUGCAAUCUGCUGGCUUUGACCUCCCAGUGGAGCAGGUGCCUUUGGUCUCCGACCUUCCACAGCUCACAGAAGCCUAUCGCCUCACCAAACUGGCCGUGGCCUCCUACGGCGCCAAUGUGUUGGCCUUGGUGGGUCUCUUGCAGUUCAAGGAUGCUUGGCCAUCGGCCGGUCCUGACCGCGACCGAGUGGCGGCUGCACGGUACUUGGAGGUGCCCGUCGAGCGGAUGUUGGCUUACGGGACCUUGGGGGACUCCCGGAAGGAGAGCGAAGAGCCCAAGAGCGCACUGGAGCGCUUCAAGCCAUGGUGGAUCCUGAUGGAGGACGGAGACGAACUGAUUUUGUCCAUCCGUGGGUCUGCAAACAUUGAUGACAUUGCGACAGAUUUGGCCUGCGCCACUUGUGAAUUCUUGCAUGGCUACGCGCAUGAGGGCGUGGCCGGAGCUGUUUCUGCAGUUUGGGAUGAAGCUGAGUCCGAAGUGGCAAAAGCCAUUCAAGCACGCGACUACCAACGCUUGGUGGUUUGUGGCCACAGCUUGGGUGGUGCCGUGUCACUGCUGCUGGGGAUGAAGCUCCGUGCGACCAACGCUCUCCCACUGGAGGUGCACGCCUUCGCAGCAGGGCCGCCGCCCGCCUUCCAAGGGGAGUCCCGACCUGAGUUGGAAGAGGGUCUCAUCUCCGUGAUCAAUCGCUUUGACCCGGUGCCCCACCUCUCACUGGAUGCAGCUCUACGGAUGGUGCUUGCUGCCGAAAAGCUGGCGGAUGAAGGGCUUUCCUGGCAACAGACCUUGGGGUUGGUGGUGGGCACAAACGAGUUUGCCUCCCCGAAGUUUGACGAUCUCAUCGCCAAAAUCCCCAAGCAAGCAAAGGCGCCGCUGCGGAUUCCUGGCGAAGCCAUUUGGUUGGUGGACGCCUGUGCUGGGCGUCAGGUGUUGGCUGUCGACCUGCGGGGCCGGCUCCAGGACUUUGUGGAGGAACUCCCCGAGAUCUCGGUGGCGCAGUCGGCGCUGGAUCACGUGGCGCUGCCGCAUGUUAGCGUGGAUCCGCUCGCGAGGUUUUGGAGACAUGGCGUCGCGCUUUCACGCGCACGGGCAGUCACAAAGGAGCUGACCCUGGCACGGGAAAUCCCGGCUCCCGGGAGACGGCCGUGCAGAGCUCUUUGGGCCACCCUAACAGUGCCUGGUCUGUGGACGGCAGCGCGGCCGUUCUCUGCCGCGGCGGAAGAGAAGCCGUGGACGACGAGCGACACGGGCUUGCAGUACCGGGAUUUGGUCGUCGGAGAGGGUGAAGCUCCCGUGAAGGGGCAAACGGUGAAAGUGCACUACACUGGGACAUUGGAGAGUGGCAAGGUCUUUGACUCCUCGCUUUCCAGAGGCGAUCCCUUAGAGUUUGCGGUGGGCAAGGGCCAGGUGAUCGCCGGUUGGGAUGAAGGCAUUUUGACCAUGCGCGUGGGCGGCAAGCGGCAGUUGAAGAUUCCACCCAAACUCGGCUAUGGGGCACGUGGCAUUGGGCCUAUUCCUCCGAAUGCCACCUUGCUCUUCGAGUGCGAGCUGGUGGGUUUGGGCGCGAAGUGA